UGAAUAGAGGCGGGCUAAGAGCGAACUAUAGCGAAAGCAUGUUAGGUUGUUAGAAAGUUAAUGGCUUGAAGGAAAGAGACGCUCUUCUCGCUUCAGGAUUUUACUGAAGUAUAAACAUAAUUACUAACAACCUCAAAGAAAGUUUAAGACAAUAUUGUGUCUAUUAGAAUACAAAAUACUAAGGAAAGUAUGCAGGAUGCAGUAGCCGGGACGGCAAUGCUGACGGACGGCUUCGAGGACGAGAUUGACUCUGUGACUCCGCGCUCCCCUGCCGUAGGAAUGGGGGUUGGAGCCACACCAGGAGCCGGACUCGGGGGUUUAGGGAUUGGUGUUGGUGGAAAGAAAGUCCGCUUGUUUGGCGAGGCUGGUGGGCCUGCAGCUGACCGGCUUGAUUUCCAGCUCGCAGCGGCCGCAGUGCUUUCCUCCGGCCCUGGAUCUGCCAGCGACGAUGAGGUAUCUGAGGUGGAGUCCUUCAUAUUAGACCAGGAAGACCUGGACAACCCCAUGCUAAAAACAGCGUCAGAGCUGCUCCUGUCCAGCGCUGCCGACGGAGCUGAUCUCAGAACAGUGGACCCGGAAACCCAAGCCAGAUUGGAGGCUCUGUUGGAAGCAGCCGGUAUUGGUAAACUGUCCACCACCGAUGGAAAAGCCUUCGCAGAUCCAGAGGUGCUACGUCGCUUGACGUCGUCCGUGAGCUGUGCGCUGGACGAGGCCGCCGCCGCUCUCACACGCAUGAGGGCCGAAAACACACUCAACGCCAGCCAGGCAGACAACCGUAGCUUGGCGGAGGCGUGCUCCGACGGGGACGUCAACGCUGUGAGGAAGCUGCUGGAUGAGGGGAGGAGCGUCAACGAACACACCGAGGAGGGAGAGAGUCUGCUCUGCCUAGCCUGCUCUGCUGGUUACUAUGAACUUGCACAGGUCUUGCUGGCCAUGCACGCUAACGUGGAAGAUCGGGGCAUCAAGGGUGACAUCACGGCCCUCAUGGCCUCCGCCAGUGGCGGCUACGUAGACAUCGUCAAACUGCUGCUGGUACAUGGGGCUGACGUCAACGCACAGUCCUCCACAGGUAACACGGCAUUGACGUACGCGUGUGCCGGCGGCUUCCUGGACGUGGUGAAGGUGCUGCUGAAGGAAGGCGCCAACAUCGAGGACCACAACGAGAACGGCCACACGCCCCUGAUGGAGGCGGCGAGCGCGGGUCACGUGGAGGUCGCCCGGGUGCUCCUGGAGUACGGGGCUGGUAUCAACACGCACUCCAACGAGUUCAAGGAAAGUGCACUCACGCUGGCCUGCUACAAAGGGCACCUGGACAUGGUGCGCUUCCUGUUAGAGGCAGGGGCUGACCAGGAGCACAAGACCGACGAGAUGCACACAGCACUCAUGGAGGCUUGUAUGGAUGGGCAUGUGGAGGUGGCGCGGUUGCUGUUGGACAGCGAGGCGCAGGUCAACAUGCCCGCUGACUCUUUCGAGUCUCCGCUGACGCUGGCGGCCUGUGGGGGCCACGUAGAGCUUGCUGCCCUGCUGAUGGAGAGGGGCGCCAACUUGGAGGAAGUCAACGAUGAGGGAUACACUCCCCUCAUGGAAGCCGCACGAGAGGGCCACGAGGAGAUGGUGGCGCUGCUUUUGGCACAAGGUGCCAACAUCAACGCUCAGACGGAGGAGACCCAGGAGACAGCCCUGACGCUGGCCUGCUGCGGGGGCUUCCUGGAGGUGGCCGACUUCCUCAUCAAGGCCGGGGCCGACAUCGAGCUGGGCUGCUCCACGCCUCUCAUGGAGGCUGCACAGGAGGGACACCUGGAGCUGGUCAAGUACCUGCUGGCCGCCGGAGCCAAUGUCCACGCCACCACGGCGACGGGGGACACGGCGCUGACCUACGCCUGUGAGAACGGACACACAGACGUGGCUGACGUGCUGCUGCAGACUGAGGCUGACCUGGAGCAUGAAUCGGAGGGGGGCAGGACCCCUCUAAUGAAAGCUGUUAGAGCGGGCCACCUCUGUACUGUACAGUUCCUAAUCAGCAAAGGAGCUAAUGUGAACAGGGCGACGGCCAACAAUGAUCACACAGUAGUGUCUCUAGCCUGCGCCGGGGGCCACCUGGCCGUGGUGGAGCUGCUGCUGUCUCAUGGGGCUGAUCCUACUCACAGACUGAAGGAUGGCUCCACCAUGCUGAUCGAAGCUGCUAAGGGCGGUCACACCAUCGUGGUGUCCUAUCUCCUCGACUACCCCAACAACGUCCUGUCGGUCCCCGUGCCAGACUUGUCUCAGCUCACACCCCCAUCCCAUGACACUUCUCCGGCUCCACGAGUUCCAUUCCAAGCCCUGGCCAUGGUGGUGCCUCCUCAAGAGCCAGACAGAGUGCCCUCCAACAUCACACCGCCUCCACCCGUCAUCACAAAAGGCGGAUCCAAGCAGAGGCUGAGCCCCCUACAGGGCAGCCCUGUUGCCGCAGGCGGUCCGGACGCGGACCUGCUGCCUCCUUUCCACCCGUACCAGCCCCUAGAGUGCAUCGUGGAAGAGACUGAGGGCAAGCUGAACGAGCUGGGCCAGAGGAUCUCCGCUAUAGAGAAGGCCCAGCUGCAGUCCUUGGAGCUCAUCCAAGGAGAGCCUCUCACCAAAGACAAGAUUGAGGAGCUGAAGAAGAGCCGCGAGGAGCAGGUGCAGAAGAAGAAGAAGAUCCUCAAGGAGCUGCAGAAGGUGGAGCGCCAGCUGCAGUUGAAGACACAGCAGCAGUUCACCAAAGAGUACAUGGAGGCCAAAGGCCUGAAGGACGACCCGGGGCAGCUUGGCCAGGCGGCAGGGGUGGAGCAGCCCGGCACCCCCCUGCCCUUGCAGGCUGCAGAGCCGGGCUCCGACACCGAGGGGGACGGGGAGGGCAUCCACCACCACCAUGAUGGACAGCCCCACCCCGCCGCCGAGGAACAGGAGGAAGAGGAUGAUGAGGAGGAGGACUACGCCAAGCUACCUCAGGUGGACACCAUCCUGUAUAGACAGGCCCAGGAACCCCCGCCACCUGCUCCUCCUCACACCCAGGCCCUGCAGUCACCCCUCCUGCAGGCCCGUUUCUUACCCUCCCAUCUCCUGGCCACCCAGCAGUCCACAGACUUCAGUACGGCGGAGUACCCCGUCAGCUCCAGCCCCGAUCUGGAGAGGGUGAUGGUGAACCAGCAGCAGAUGUUGUGGCAGCAGUUGACAGACCUGGGACCGGGCCUUCUCACCCAGGCCCCUGAAGGACUCAUGGUGGCCACCCCAGCACAGACCCUCACAGAUACUUUGGACGACAUCAUGGCAGCAGUGAGCAGCAGAGGCCCCAUGUUGAGCACGACGGCCUCGCCCCCAGCACAGACGCCCAUCCAUUCAGUGUCCCCACACUCUAUGCUCCCCCUCUACCCCUCCGUAGAUAUCGACGCACACACGGAGAGUAAUCACGACACCGCUCUGACGCUGGCCUGUGCCGGCGGUCACGAGGAGCUGGUGUCGGUGCUCGUCGCCCGCGGGGCUAACAUCGAGCAUCGGGAUAAGAAAGGUUUCACUCCUCUGAUCCUGGCUGCUACAGCGGGUCAUGUUGGCGUGGUGGAGAUCCUGCUGGAUAAAGGAGGGGACAUCGAAGCCCAGUCUGAGAGAACCAAAGACACUCCUCUCUCCCUGGCAUGCUCUGGAGGAAGACAGGAGGUGGUGGAGCUGUUGCUGCUGCGCGGGGUCAACAAGGAGCACCGUAACGUUUCAGACUACACUCCGCUCAGCCUGGCCGCCUCGGGGGGCUUCGUCAACAUCAUCAAGAUCCUCCUCAACGCUGGAGCUGAAAUCAACUCCAGGACUGGGAGUAAGUUGGGUAUCUCUCCUCUGAUGCUGGCUGCCAUGAACGGUCACGUCCCAGCGGUCAAGCUGCUGCUGGACAUGGGCUCAGACAUCAACGCUCAGAUCGAGACUAACCGCAACACGGCGCUGACCCUGGCCUGCUUCCAGGGACGGGCGGAGGUGGUCAGUCUGCUGCUGGACCGCAAGGCCAACGUGGAGCACCGCGCCAAGACUGGGCUGACCCCCCUCAUGGAGGCGGCAUCGGGUGGCUAUGCUGAGGUAGGGCGGGUGCUGCUGGAUAAGAGCGCUGACGUCAACGCCCCACCCGUCCCCUCCUCCCGAGACACAGCGCUCACCAUCGCUGCAGACAAGGGCCACUACAAGUUCUGUGAGCUCCUAAUCAACCGAGGUGCUCACAUUGACGUGCGCAAUAAGAAGGGAAACACUCCCUUGUGGCUGGCGGCCAACGGCGGCCAUUUUGACGUGGUGCAGCUGCUGGUGCAGGCUGGGACCGAUGUCGACGCAGCAGACAACCGCAAGAUCACACCACUCAUGGCUGCCUUCCGCAAGGGCCAUGUGAAGGUGAUUCAGUACCUGGUCAAGGAGGUCAACCAGUUCCCCUCGGACAUCGAGUGCAUGAGAUACAUUGCCACCAUCACGGACAAGGACCUGCUGAAGAAAUGUCACCAGUGCAUGGAGACCAUUGUCAAAGCCAAAGACCAGCAGGCAGCAGAGGCCAACAAGAACGCCAGCAUUCUGCUGAAGGAGCUGGACUUGGAGAAGUCCAGGGAAGAGAGUAAGAAGCAGGCCCUGGCCGCUAAGCGUGAGAAGCGUAAGGAGAAACGCAAGAAGAAGAAGGAAGAUCAGAAGAGGAAGCUGGAGGGGGAGGAAGAAGAGGAGGAGGAGGAGGAGGAAGAGGAGGCCAAAGUAAAAGAGGAGUUAGAGGACCAAGACUCCUCUGAAGACGGUGAUGUCCCCAUUGACCCGCCCAGCGCUACCACCACCACUACCAUCGGCAUCUCUGCCACCUCUGCCACCUUCACCAACGCCUUCGCCAAGAAACGAGUCAAUGUGGCGACCACGUCCAGCACCAACCGCAAGAACAAGAAGAACAAGACCAUGGAGCCCAUCAUCCUGCAGGACCCCCAGGUGGUGCUGGCUCAGCAGAAGACUGACAAAAACAAGAUCCACGGGGAGCCCAGGGGCGGUGGGGUGCCGGGUGGCAGCGACUCAGACAACCUGGACAGCACCGACUGCAACAGUGAGAGCAGCAGCAGCGGAGGCAAGAGCCAGGAGCUCAACUACCUACCGGACAUGCCCUCUUCAUCUUCCUCAUCCUCGUCUGCAUCGUCUGCUCCCUCGGGGGUGAGCCAACAGCCCCAGCCGGUCCCUGAGAAGAGGCACAGCUCCCGAGACCACAAGGUCACAGUGUGCAUCUCCAAACCACACCAGAAACUCCAUGACUGCAUCAACGUCCUGGCACCCAGCUCCCUUCCCCCCUCCUUCAAAACCAUUUCAGUGCCGGUCACCUCGCCCAACAGCAAGAUGAACCUCACCAGCCCCAAGAGGGGCCAGAAGAGGGAAGACGGCUGGAAAGAGGUGGUACGGAGAUCAAAGAAGUUAUUGGUGCCUGCCUCUGUCGUGUCUCGGAUCAUGGGCAGAGGUGGCUGUAACAUCACUGCCAUUCAGGACGUGACCGGUGCUCACAUCGACGUGGACAAACAGAAGGACAAGAAUGGAGAAAGGAUGAUCACCAUCAGAGGAGGUACAGAGUCAACUCGGCACGCUGUACAACUGAUCAACGCCCUGAUCCAGGACCCAGCCAAGGAGCUGGAGGACCUAAUCCCCAGAAACCACAUCCGCACUCCUGGUACCAGCACCAAGAUGGGCUCCACCUACACCACCUCCACAGGGGCCACCAACACUAUGGCGGCCGGCUCAAAGGGCCUGGCAUCGGUGUUUCCGUCGUCCGCUGUGUCCUUCCAGACCCCCUCGGUCUCUCAGCAGGGAGGGAAGAUGGGAAAGAACCUGUCCGCCGGGGUGAGGCCCCCCUUUGUUUCACUGCCCCUGGCGUAUGCCAACCCACACCUGGCCCUGCUGGCUGCCCAGACCAUGCACCACAUCCGACACCCACGUCUUCCCAUGGCACAGUUCGGUGGCACCUUUUCUCCAUCGCCUAACACCUGGGGCCCGUUCCCGGUGCGGCCCGUCAACCCCGGCAGCACUCACAGCUCUCCCAAGCACAACGGGAGCACUGCCCCCCGGCCCUCGCCUGUCUCCGCCGCCCAUCCGGAGUACACAGCUCCUGCCUCUACAGCAGCCACUGUCUCGCCCACCAGCACUGCCCCCUCCGGCAACCCAACGCCCUCUUCUGCCAGGAAGCAGCUCUUCUCUGGCGAACCAAAGACGACCAGCAUGACAGCAGUCACUUCCACAGUGAGCAACGUUCCCGCCACGCAGCUGGCCCCUGCAUCCUCCACCAUGUCCUCUACUCCGUCCUCCCCUUCCGUGCCCAUCGCCACGUCUGCACAGCAGCUGCCCGUCUCCAAGCCGGAGCCUGCUGGUGGCACCACGCCUGGUAAAGAGAAGUCCUCUCCAGAUGCAGCACCUGUCCAAGGUGGAGCGUCGGAAGGUUCCAGCUCCAACGGCCCCAUGUACUUCACAGGUCCUCCCACGGCUCCACCAUCACUGCCCUCCCAGCAGCCGGACAGCCGACAGAAGCAGCUUCCCCUCCCCUUCUCCCCCAGCACAGAGCCCAGCCCCCAGGCCGCCCAGCCUCCCUGCUCCCACCUGCCCUCCUCUCACGCUGCACCAGCAGGGGGCAGCACCGUACCUCACUACGCACAGCCUUCUCCCUCAUGCGUGCAGCCCUCGGCCCAGGUCUACCCCAUGACAGCUGGGACAUCUCCGCAGGAGCACCAUUCUGUGUUUGUAUCCUCUGGAGCAUCCCAGGAGCAACACCAGAAACAACCGCAGCAGUAUACCAACCAGGGCAUGGCAGCCCCUUCCAUGGGCAUGAUGAACGGCUCCCAGAUGCACAGCCACGGGGGCAAGACCCAGCAGCUGCCCCCCAACUACGGCCCCAACGCCCUCUUCAACCAUUUCAGCAGCAUGUUUGACAGCAAUCAGGUGGGCAACAAUCAGGUGUGGGGAGCAUGUCACCUGCCUGCUCGGACCCCUCCGGAGCAGCCCUACAUGGGAGGCAUGGGACAGAUGGAGAAGGUGAUGCCAGCUCCUGACGGCUCCAAGGCUCCAGGGUACCGCUGCAACUCCCAGAGGAUUGUCACCAGUCCCAUCGGCAUGCACCACAUGGACCCGUCAGGAAACUCCAUCUCUUCGUCUGCUGCUCUGACCAGCUUCGCCACCAGUAUCUCUGGCAGUGCAGUGUACCUGCAGGGUCCGUCCCCGGUGGGAACCCCCUCCUUUAGCCGCCAGCAUUUCUCCCCUCACCCCUGGAGCGCCUCCACCUCCAGUGAGUCCCCGGUGUCCUCCGUGUCGUCCCCGGUGUCCUCCGUGUCGUCCCCUCUUUGUGCGUCCACGGUGACCACGGCUCUGAUUCAGGCUAAGCCCAGCAGCAACAGCCAGCAGGACCGCAAGGUGCCCCCACCCAUUGGCACUGAGCGCCUGGCACGCAUCCGCCAGACGGGCUCCGUGAACCACGCCAUGCUCACCGCCAGCUACACGCCGCCUGUGGGACAGGGAGGAAUCUGGUCCUUCGGCGUGGGCAGUGCGUCUGAGGCGAUGUCAGGCUGGUCUCAGCCCCUGAUGGGUGGUCACGUGAUACAGCAGCCGUCUGGCUUCUCCCAGCACCAAGCCAUGGAGAGGGACGACACCGGCAUCGUGAACCCCUCCAACACCUUCCAUCAAACCAUGCCCACCAACUUCAUGGACUUCCCAAAGGGUUUGCCAAUGUCAAUGUAUGGCGGGACGAUCAUUCCUCCCCACCCUCCUAUGGGAGAGGCCCCUGGGGGCCCCAUGUACAACGGGCUCCAUAGUGCUGACCCUGCCUGGAAUCCCAUCAUGAAUGUGGUCUCCAACUCUGCAGAGACUGCAGAAACCCAGCAGGUCUGGCCUGGGACUUGGGCCCCGCAUGUUGGGAAUGUGCACCUGAAUCACGUCAACUGAACACAUCUAGCGAUUUUGAAGCGUAGGACCAUUAACAAGACUCAUACACGUUUAAGAGAACCAGAUAAUUACAUAAUAUACAAAGAUAUUAACCUAGGGAGUGUCCAGAAACGGAGAAAUUGGAUGUUCGGACACCGUUUUGAUGUGCCUAACUAAAAAGAUGACUCCAGUGUGGGCUUGCAACUUGUUUAUCACUGUCUAUGAACAAACCGAUUGCCUGUUAAACAGGAUCCAUUCUUUGCUUAGUAUAGCCAUUAUUUUGACUUUAAAAGCCCCCACAUUAAUUGUUCUUGGUCUGCAGGGCUCUGCAGGGCUCUACAGGACUGUACGCUUAUUUAUACUCAGUCCAAGAACUAGGUGAUAACAGAAAGCGAGAAUUCAGACCUUUUAGUGGUAAAUACAUGUAUAAUUGUUUACAUACUAAAACAAAAAGGGUUAAAACCAGAGUACAUGUCGUAUAGUGACUCUACUGUAUUAAUGUGUAAUAUUUACCUUAAUAGUCAAUAAAAAAUUACGAAACUGUA